GUCGAGACCUCCACAAACGGUUUAAGCCAAAAAUUUCCUUUUCCUCCUCGACCGCCAAAUCCGCUCCUAGCGCCUGGCAAUAUGGAGGCUGAACUCCAAGCCCAGAUCCCUGGUCUCGACCAUAUCAUCUCGGAAUACUCGGUGGGUUAUUUGACCCAUGCCGCAAACCUCUACGUCGACGAUGCCACCAGCCAAUCACCCUUGGCAGAAGCUGCCGAGUCUGUCACCGAACUCCUAGUCUCCGCCUCGGGAGACUUCUCCCCGCAAAAUUACGAGGCGAUCGGCAAUCUGGUUGAGAGAUUCAUCACGGCCCUGAGCUCUUCCAAUGGUGACCCCGAGCGCAGACAGAUGCCAUUCAAGGCCAAGAAGCUGGACCAGGCCAUCAAUGUCGGUUUGACUGGAAACACCGUCGACUUGGAAUCUGCAAAUCUCAGAAAGAUGGAGUCUAAGGUGGACAAGAAGAAGCUCGAGAAGGCCGAGCGUAAGAUUCGUGCCAAGCAGGACAAGAAGCAGAUGAAGAACGUUACCUACGAGGCUUCUCGCUUGCUCCAGCAACCAGAUGAGGCUAUGUCUUACGAGGAGUUCUUUAUGGCCGUCAACCCUCUGCAACUGGGCUCCGAUUCCCAAGCCAAGAGUAAAGAUAUCAAGCUGGAUAAUAUUGACAUCUCUAUCAGUGGUCUCCGCAUUUUGACGGAUGCUGCCUUUACACUUGCAUAUGGCCGCCGUUACGGUCUUGUCGGACAGAACGGUAUUGGUAAAUCUACGCUGUUGCGAGCUUUGAGUCGCAGAGAAAUCCCUAUUCCCACCCAUGUUUCUAUUCUUCAUGUUGAACAAGAAAUCACCGGUGACGACACCCCCGCUUUACAAGCAGUGCUAGAUGCCGAUGUGUGGCGGAAACAUCUCCUUGGGGAACAAGCGAAAAUCUCGAAACAACUGGCAGCUAUUGAAGAAGAAAGAUCUUCACUGGCUGAUACUUCGAAGGACGCUGCUAGACUUGACGAGGAACGCGAGGGUCUAGAUAUCACGCUGAACGAUAUUUACGGAAAGCUUACCGAGAUGGAGUCCGACAAAGCCGAAUCUCGUGCAGCUAGUAUCUUGGCUGGUCUCGGUUUCUCCCAAGAGCGCCAACAAUACGCCACUAAAACCUUCUCCGGUGGUUGGAGAAUGCGUCUAUCGUUGGCACGAGCUCUGUUCUGCGAGCCCGAUUUGCUUCUUCUCGACGAACCGUCUAACAUGUUGGACGUUCCAUCUAUUACUUUCCUUUCCAAUUAUCUCCAAGGAUACCCUAGCACUGUCCUUGUUGUCUCUCACGAUCGUGCAUUUUUGAACGAAGUCGCUACGGAUAUCAUCCACCAACACUCCGAGAGACUGGACUACUACAGGGGUGCCAACUUCGAAAGCUUUUACGCAACUAAAGAGGAGCGACGGAAGACCGCUAAGCGUGAAUAUGAGAAGCAGAUGGCCGAGAGAGCUCACUUGCAAGCCUUCAUUGAUAAGUUCCGAUACAAUGCCGCCAAGUCAUCCGAAGCACAAUCCAGAAUCAAGAAACUUGAGCGUAUGCCCGUUCUUGAAGCCCCUGAAAGCGAAUACACUGUGCACUUUGCCUUCCCCGGAGUCGAGAAGCUCUCACCCCCUAUUGUCCAAAUGUCCGAAGUUUGCUUCGGCUACACCCCCGAUAAGCCUCUUCUUAGAAACGUCGAUUUGGAUGUUCAACUCGAUUCACGUAUCGGAAUUGUUGGACCUAACGGUGCUGGUAAGACCACAGUACUGAAGCUGCUCACCAACCAGCUGGAACCAACAAAGGGUCUCAUUUCUACGAACUCGAGAUUGCGUAUUGGUUUCUUCGCACAACAUCACGUCGAUGCUCUAGACAUGACAACCAGUGCAGUUGGAUUUAUGACCAAGACGUACCCCGGCAAGACAGAUGAAGAGUACCGACGCCACCUGGGAGCAUUCGGUAUCACUGGUACGACUGGUCUCCAGCGGAUGGGAUUGCUCUCCGGAGGUCAAAAAUCCCGUGUGGCCUUUGCUUGCUUGUCCUUGACCAACCCCCACAUUCUUGUUCUUGACGAACCUUCUAACCAUCUGGAUAUUGAGGGUAUGGAUGCUUUGGCGGAUGCUCUUCGAGUGUUCGAGGGUGGUGUUGUGAUGGUUUCUCACGAUGUGACUAUGUUGCAGAGUGUGUGCACCAGUCUCUGGGUUUGUGACGGUGGUACUGUGCACAAGUUUGACGGCACCGUCAAUGCUUACAAGAAGAAGAUCAGUGAACAGGCUGAUGCUGCCGGUGUUGUUGCGAAGCACUAG